AUGGAGUGGAAGCUGGAGCGCUCCGCCCCGCGGAGGGUCCGCACGGAGGAAGCCAUCCUGUGGGAGAAUGUCAUGAAGGUGUUCUCCAAAGACCUGAAGCAGCAGAGAGCCCGCGGUCCCCGCAAGGGAUUUGACCCGGUCACGACUCCAUAUUCUAACUUUAAGAGCAACUUUAUGAAGAGGCUGUGGGCUCAGGUUCCUGUUGCCAGUAGCCCAAUCACCUCAAGAUGGCAGCAGAGUCCAGUCCAGGACCUGGCCUACGGGCCUCUCUGGGAGGAGAGUUCUACCCUGGGCCUAGAAGAAUCUGUGGGGUCAGAGCUGAGGGUAAUGCCUGAAAAGGACACCCUGACUCUAGGAUCCUAUGAGGAACCACUGAAGACACCCGUCAAAGGAAGUUCUGAAACAAAUAACUCUGCUCUCCACUUUUGCAAUGAACCUCAUGUCCUGAACAGAGAUGAGAAAGAAGAUGUUGACUCUAAAGGCCAGAAAUGUCUAAAUCAGCUAUAUUUGAACCAGCAGAUGAUCCAGCAAAUGAGUGGGAAAAUGCAGCGCUGUGAGAAGUCCCAAUGUGUUUGGAAUGGCUGCAGAGACAGAGUCAGAGAUGAAUCUUUCCAUCUUAAAAGGAGCAGCAAUAUAACCUAUCCCAUAUACCAACCGGAGGCGAAAAUUCAUCUUACUGGUCUUCGAAAUGACUACUAUCUGAAUAUCCUAGACUGGAAUUUACAAAAUCUUGUUGCUAUAGCCCUUGGAUCUACAGUAUACAUAUGGAAUGCAGAAAACCAUACUGAGAUUGAAAACAUCGACUUAAGUCUCACCUGUAAUUAUGUGUCUUCUGUGUCCUGGAUAAAAGAGGGCUCAUGCCUGGCAGUUGGUACCAGUGAGGGAGAAGUACAAUUAUGGGACAUAGUAACUAAAAAGCGGCUGAGAAAUAUGCACGGUCAUUUGUCAGUGGUUGGGGCCCUGAGCUGGAAUCAUUGUACCCUCAGCAGUGGGUCCAGACUGGGACGUGUUCAUCAUCAUGACGUUCGGGUAGCACAGCACCGUGUCGGAACGCUCCUGCACAAGCAUGCUGUGUGUGCUCUGAAGUGGUCCCCCCACGGCAGGCUGCUUGCCAGUGGCUGCAGUGAUGGCCUGCUGACAAUAUGGCCACACCAUCCAGGUGCCGGGACCCAAAUCCAGCCUCUGACAGUCAUACCUCAAUUCACAGCAGUUAAGGCCGUGGACUGGUGUCCCUGGCAGUCUGAGGUCCUUGCUAUUGGAGGAGGAAUGAAGGACGGAUGUCUGCACAUUUUGGAUAUAAAGACUGGGACGAGCAUCAAGACUCCAAGCACAAACUCACAGAUUUGUUCCCUAAUCUGGCUACCUGAGACAAAGGCAAUUGCAACAGGUCAAGGUGCUCCUAGCAAUGACGUGGCUCUGUGGACCUGUCCCACUCUGUCCAGGUUGGCAGGGUUUUUUGGCCACAGAGGCAGAGUGCUACACCUGGCAUUGAGUCCUGACCAGACCCGUGUGUUUUCUGCUGCUGUGGAUGGAACAGCCUAUGUGUGGAAGUGUGACCAGUCACCCAGCUCUUCCUAG